AUGCAUCUCUUUCGGCCAAAGAAACUACAGGCUCAGGCUGUGUCCUCUCCGGCAACAGUAUACCCAUCAAAUGGUCCCACGAUAUCGCAACACAGCGCCGACUCAAGCCACGACCAUGGCUCAUCUGUCGCCGGUGCUCUGCAGCGUCAAGCCGUGCAGUGCACGCCGGCCAUGGAACCCCCUUACCGGCCACUCGUGUCGAAGGACAAGGAGAUACGAGUACUCGAAAUUCACCCUGGCAAGGAGCAGGACCCUAUCAGGUGCACUAUGGUCUACACAUCCAUGUACACGAAGCGGCAACUGUCGUAUGAGACAGUGUCGUACUGUUGGGGUCAAUGCCGUCAGCGAGUGAUGGUGAUCAACAACCGUCCCGUCAAUACAACGUCCAGCGCAGUCCAAGUGCUUCAUCGGAUUCGAUACCCGGACAAGAGUAGGCUUGUAUGGAUCGACGCGAUUUGUAUCGAUCAGCGCAACCAUACCGAGAAGGGCCAACAAGUCGCCAUGAUGGGCGAGAUCUACCGUAACAGUAAGAGGAACAUAGUCUGGCUCGGAGACUGUCCGGGCGAUCCAACCCUUGUGGCACAUGCCAUGCGAGCAGUUCUUGCAGACGCACGCAAGAAGACUGGCAAUUUCAAAACCUUUUACCGCAUCACACAUCCGAAUUCGUUGAAAGGAGAAGCAUCACGCGAUGGAGACUCACUGGAUUGCAAAAUCGACCUUAGACCUCUCAAAUAUCUCUUUUCUAGCCCCUGGUUUGGGCGUAUAUGGGUUGUUCAAGAAGCAGCUUUGGCACCUACGAGCCUCUGCCACUUUAGCUCCGUUGACUUUCCGCUUCCAGAUGUCCUCAGAGUUGCUAUAUGGUUGAGGUACAACGUGAAAUCAAUCUCCCCUGAUCUCGCAACAAGCUAUGGCCUUUCCAGAGCCUCCGAGCUGUGGUACCUUGCGGAUCAUGAAGUUUCGCCGCCAGAGUUUCACUUCAACGGUUGCAGGAUGCCACUUGCCACUGCUUAUAAGAGGCUGCAAGACUUUGAUGCUUCUGAUCCACGUGACCGCAUUUUCGCUCUGCUUGGGUUCCUUUUACAUCAAGGAAAGCACUUACGCGAAUUGACGCCGGACUAUAGCAGGCCUAUGCCACAACUAYUCAGGGAAGCUACACGGGCCAUGAUUGAAGAGACUGGACGUCUCGACAUCUUACAGUACCUUUACGUGAACUCCACUCAAAAGCCUUCCCAGAGCUGCUCUUGGGUGGUUCCGUUCGACAGAACAUGGCGCGACUGCCAGAGGCCUGAGCCGCUAAGACCAGUUUUCUUUGCAGACAAUAUGUCGAAGAUCCGGCAGUCGACCAUACAUAACUCGAAUCCGGACAUCCUGGUCUUGCAUGGCUUCGAAGCUGACGUCGUGAAGCUUCAGACUAAUUGCAUGACCAGGGCCCCUGAUGGUGGUUUGGCAGUCCAGCCAGCUACAACCGCGCUGUUGGCUGCUGCGAAAAUGAUGCAAGCGUUGCAAAACGAGUAUCCCUCCAGACGGAUGGUUGGCGAGUUGGCCAUGACACUCAUGGGUGGGGCGAAUCAAACCGGGGAAAGAUUGACUGGUCCCGACCUUGAAUGCUUCUCGGCAUUUAUGGAGUAUAUUCGAAAACACAACGUCUUGCCGCCCUCGGGUCUACCUUGGAAACAGUCAGAAGCUUCAAAGCUUACGAGGCCAGUCCGAAUGGCGAUUACAUUCAUGAGUGCUGCCUGGCGGGCCUGUCUAAAUCGUCGAAUCUUCGUCACCGAAGCUGGGCGUCUGGGCAUUGGUCCUGGUGGGCUCAGGAAUGGCGACGGUAUUGCCGUCCUCAACGGUAGUAGAGUGCCAUAUGCGCUUCGAUGGCUAGGUGAGAACAAGUUCUCUAUCCUUGGGGAGUGCUAUGUGCAUGGUAUAAUGGAAGGUGAGAUUGUGAGUGCGCGGAGGGCAGAGGGAAGAGGAGAGCAGACAACUGUCUUUCACAUUGUUUAA